UAUACGUUUACACUCACAGAGCAUUGAUCUUGUUGAAACGCUGUUCGUGCCGAUUUCCAGAUUAAGUCGAUUUUUCGAUACUAAAAAAAGGAGAGCAGCGAAUCAUCAUGUCCGGCAAACGAUUGGGCAGCAUGUUGUCCACCGCCAGUGUGAUGCAAUCGUCGGCAUCGAUUUCCAGCAAGUCGAAGCGAAAACAAAGGGUUAAGCUGCCGACUUUUGACCUUUCGCUGUCUCAGAAGGUGGACAUUAAGAAGGCCUUCGAUUUGUUCGAUACCCAGUGUACUGGCUUUAUUGAAACCAAGGAGCUGCGCGUGGCCAUUCGCGCCCUAGGAUUCGAGCCGAAAAAGGAGGAAAUCAAGCGCAUGAUGGAUGAAAUCGAUAAGGACAAGACGGGAAGGAUUGCCUUCAACGAUUUCCUGUAUCUGAUGCGCCAGAAAAUGGCAGAGAAGGACUCCAAGCAGGACAUGAUGAAGGCCUUCUCCUUUUUUGAUGACGAUCGCACUGGAAAGAUCUCGUUCGCAAAUCUAAAACGCGUGGCCAAGGAGCUGGGCGAACAACUUACCGACGAGGAACUGCAGGAAAUGAUCGAUGAGGCCGACAUAAAUGGGGAUGGAGAGGUUGGCAAGAAAGAGUUCCUUAACCUCAUUAAGAAAACCAAUUUGAUCUAGUCGCUUUUUGUUUAAAUUAAUUUCUUAUUUUGUUAGGGGGAAACGACGUUGUUUCUUAUCUUCAUAGAUUUACUCAUUUCAGGCAGACACACACUCUCCUAACUUCAUUUAAACUCGCACACUCAGUAUAGUAUCUUGAAGAAGUUUGGAUAUGCUUCGGUUUAAUAAAGCACGGUACUGCAA